AUGGCAGAACAACUGACAGAGGAACAAAUAGCAGAGUUCAAGGAAGCUUUUUCAUUAUUUGAUAAGGAUGGAGAUGGGAGUAUAACUACAAAGGAAUUAGGUACUGUAAUGAGAUCUUUAGGGCAGAAUCCAACUGAGGCUGAAUUGCUUGAUAUGAUAAAUGAAAUAGAUGCUGAUGGGAAUGGAACUAUUGACUUUCCUGAAUUUCUUAGCUUAAUGGCAAGGAAGAUGAAAGAUACAGAUACUGAAGAUGAACUUACAGAAGCAUUUAGUGUUUUUGAUAGGGAUGGUAAUGGAUUCAUUUCGGCAGCUGAACUAAGACAUGUAAUGACAAAUUUAGGAGAGAAAUUGACUGAUGAAGAGGUUGAUGAGAUGAUAAGGGAAGCUGACGUAGAUGGUGAUGGCCAGAUUAUGUAUGAAGAAUUUGUUAAGAUGAUGCUUGCAAAGUAA